CAUCCAAAUCAAAGAGGGUAAUAUAGUCACCUCAAGGUGGAUGAGUUGAGGAAUCAAAUCAACAACGAUUUUAUGCUUUAAAUAUAAGAAACAAGUCACUAGCAUAUGGAGAGUUCUGGUGUUACAAUUACAAAUACUAAUAAUUAUCAAGCACAAAGGGUCCGUAAACCCCGCGUUAGUACGUUUCAGCAUGAAACACUUGUAUCAGCCUUGUUUAAAUUUCUUUACCAGCCCAACAACAACUGAGAAUAACAAAGAGGGAAACGUUCUGCAAACAAAGCAAAUUAAACCAAGAGUGGAGAAUCUUCGUGGUUGUUUGGGAUACAGUCCCUCCUUUUUUCUUGCAAUGUGAACUUCCUUUUGUGGAAAACAGAAGCACAAGAGGAUUUCUUUUCUUCUUGUGCUUGAACUCCACCAUAGAAAGGAAGACUAGUUUUGAUUCCAAAUUCCCUUUUGAAUAUGGUUCAGAGAAAGGUUCUAAGCAAGCUUGAUAUCCAAGCUGAUCGUGUCAAAUCAGACAAGUCCUUAGCAAACCUAAAGCCAUCUUCUCAUCACCAAGAUGGCACCGCCAGAGGAACCAAUAAGAUGAAGAAAAUGAUGAAGCCAAGGUCAAUUCAGCUUUCUUAUUUGGAGCCUCCUCAAUCAAGAAAGCCACCACCUCUUCAUGUUUCAACUAUUGCAGCAUCACCACAACAGCACAAGCAUUUGAUGAGAAGGUCACCUAACUACAUGAAGCCUACCAGCAGUUCAGAUGCCAAAAAGGAGCUUUUGCCUGUUAGUCACAGAAAUACUCGAUCUAGUUCAGAUGGUAAGAAUCUAACCCGAAAAUCUUUGAGUAAUUCAAAAGCUAGCUUUGUUUCUUGCAAAGAGCUUGCAAAAACUUUGUCAAGAUCAUCUAGCUUGAAUUCAACGAGAACAUCAAAGACUCCUAGUUUUAAGCCUUGUAAAGCUUGUUCGAGAAAAUUCACAUCAGCAGUUCUGUUUGAAGAUGUGAAUGCACCAGAGAGGGCUACCUGCUCUUCAACUUUGAAAGACUAUAAGUUCCCUGAGUACCUCAUGCUUCAUCCCGGGGCAACCGAAUCUGAGGGAGCUUCUGUCAUGAAGGUUUGCCCGUAUUCAUAUUGUUCUCUUAAUGACCAUGGUCAUGCUCCUUUGCCUCCUUUGAAGAGCUUCAUGUCAGCAAGGAGACAUCUUUUGGAGACUCAACGAUGGAAGAUGCUCCCCUCUGAUACACAAAAAGACUCUGAUAUUCAUGGAAAACCUGCAUGUGAUGAAACUGAUACGGGUAAUACAACAAUCACUCCAUUGGCACAAGAAAUUGGUAUGGAUUUCUUUUUUGAAAUCUAUGCUAAGGAGAGGGAAGGAGCUCAUGAAAUGGGAAAAUUCAACUCUGUCAAAGAUCUUGAGGAACAAGAUAUCGAUUCUGCAAAUGAGGAGAAUGGCAUUGCAGCAGAAGAGGGUGCCAUCAAGCAAGUUACUCCAGGUGUAAUUCGUGAUCUCUCAAAGUCUAAGAUCUAUUUCGAGGAGGAUUUCAAAAACUACUUUGCUGAUGUUGCUGCAGUUGAAGCAGACAGCAAGGGGAGCUUUCAAAAUGCUGAAGAUGCAAAUGAAAACCACCCACAUAGCUGGUUUCACGAAGAAACCUGUACGGGAAGCUAUUCCAAUGAUGCUAGCUAUGAUGAGGAACACCACGAGAAUAUUGAAUUGGUUGAGUCCAAAUCCCAAUAUAGUGAUAUGGAUUGGGAGGAGGAAUACUUCUGUGAAUUCAACUAUGAAGACGGUACUGAUUCUUCAAUCUGCUCUAUGGAGGAGACUGACCCAAAACUUGAGUCUUUAUCAGAGGGUUCACAUGAUAUAUCUGAAAUGUUGUUAGUUGACAUCUUUAGCAACCAUUAUUCAGACAUUCUGGUUGAAGAGGUGAGUCUCCAAGAAGCCGAAGAAGAGAAAAGCACCAGUUUUGAAGCACAACCUCAUUGCACUAAUUCUGUCAUGGUAGGCACAGGUGAAAGCAUCGAUUUUGUGACUCAAGAAAUAGAUUAUCCGUCCAAUGGUAUAAGUUUUGAGUAUGAACAAUCUACUUUGACAAAGGAAGUAUUUCAGUAUCUGACAAACGCAGAAGAUAGCAACAACAGAGAAAAUGAAAAACAAGUGAAUUAUGAGGUCGGUUAUGUCUCUAUGGUACUCGAUGAAGAGACAGUUGAAAACAGUGAAGGCCACAAGACUAGUGAAAGUUGCGAGAUUGAUAAGAGUUGUGAAGACAAGAGUGCAAGCGUAGAGAAUAAUGAUGAUGGCAUAAUUCACUCGUCUGAUGUGCCUGAAGAAAGUACCAUUAUUGUUCAGAAGCAGAAAUUAUGGGAGAAAAAUCAUGUUAGAGGCAGUAGUAAGUUGCAGAGCACAGGUGGUGAAGAGCAGCACAUGAGCAAGAAUUGGCAAUGGGGAACUAAGCGCAAAAGAUUGGUCGAAGAGGACGAGGAAAUGGGAAAGAUCAACCCAAGAAAACCAAAUUUCCUGACCUCGGUUGCUGAGCCAGAACCAGAGAAAGUUGAACUGAAGCACCAAAUGAUAGAUGAAAGAAAAAAUGCAGAGGAAUGGAUGCUUGAUUUUGCACUAAGACAAACUGUCACGAGACUGGCUCCAGCAGGGAAAAGGAAGGUGUCAUUGCUGGUCGAAGCUUUUGAAACAGUAACGUCAAUGCCCAAAUGUGAAACCCGUAUGAGAAAUGAUUCAGCCUUUGCUCGUGCAAGACCUAUUCAAGCGUGUAGCUGAUGUAUGCAUAAUGCAUGCAACUAAGGUAAAAACACAGAGGUCUUCUCUGAUUCCUUUUAACAAGUGCUAACUUGCUCAGGAAUAAAAGGAGAAAGACACGAAGAAAAAGCCAAUAUCCAUGACCAGAAGUAACUUGGAGAAAAUUCAACUUGCAGGGUCGUAUGGCUUUUACAUGGAAACUGAAACACAAGAAUGGGAUGAGAUUUGUUGCCAAAAUUUGUUCAGAGUGCUUUCGUGUUUACUUUCUUUUAGUUGUAUUUGAUGUACUAGAACUUUAGUUUAUAAUAAAUGAAAAUCAAGCUCCGGAUCUAUUAUUUUUGUUUGUACCAUGUAAAAGCAUAUAUAAUAAU